AUGGCCGAGUCGCCCGAAGAGAAGGCGCACUGGCGCUCAGUCAUCAAAGCUUUCGAUGAAUAUAUGCAGUACCACCUGUCCGCGAAUCAUGCUCGUCGAAUGGCCUUCCUCGCGUUGCCCAAGGAGAGCAGGGUUGUGCUAGAGGGCAUAGGGUAUAGAGAGAAGCUUGAAGCCGUCGAUGAGGGAAUAAGACGAAACGCGGAGUUUUUGGAGGAGAUGAUCGCCGAUCCGGUCUUUGCGGAGAUGAUGGUCGGAGGCGAUGCUACGUCCGAGGAGACACACUCACACUCUCACAUGCACGGGCACAGCCACGACAAGCACGGACACGAUGGGGACGAACACGGCCAUACCCAUGAUGAUAUCGAGUCCGACCCCGGUCGUCCGGACCCUACCGCCAGCUCGAGACAGCCAACUCCUAGCGCAUCGGGUCCUAGCAGACACUCGGCGCAGGACAAGGUUCGAUCGACGUUACGGUCUUUCGUUCGGGAUUGGUCUGAAGAGGGAGCGCCAGAAAGGGAGGCGUGUUAUGCCCCAUGCUUGGAGGCAUUGGAGCGGCAUUUUCCGGCGCAGACUGGGAUGGAUGUAGGGGGCAGUGAUGAGGAAGGGCGGCGAGCGAGAGGGGAUGUCAAAGUGCUUGUCCCUGGCUGCGGACUGGGUAGACUGACCAUGGAGAUCGCUGCGAGGGAUUUCGCUUCGCAGGGUAAUGAAUUCAGCACAUACAUGCUCUUGGCAUCUCAUUGGGUCUUGAAUCAAACGACGCAUCCUAAAUCCCACUUUAUCCACCCUUACCUCCAUUCAUUCUCGAAUCAUCUUUCCACUAGGAACCUGCUGCGUAGCGUCCGCUUACCGGAUAUUUGUCCGGCUGAUAUCCUUGGCGAAGGGCAGGGCGGGCCAUUCAGUCUGGUCGCUGGCGACUUUGAGGAGAUAUACGGCCAGGACGAGCAGAAGGGGCAAUGGGGCGCAGUCGUCACGUGUUUCUUCAUCGACUGUGCAAGAAACAUUCUGCGAUUCUUGCGGAUCAUCCAUAACCUACUGGAAGAGGGCGGGGUCUGGAUCAACAUCGGCCCGCUUCUCUGGCACUUUGAGAACUCCCCCACAUCCUCAUCGAAUGGAGAGGGCUCUAUCGAGCUGAGCCUGAACGAGGUCAAGGCCCUAGCGCGAGCUGUAGGCUUUGAUAUCCAGGACGAGCGGAUGGUCAGCAGCAGCUACACGGGCAUGCCGGAUACCAUGCUGAGACACGAGUACCAGGCGGCCUUCUGGACAGCCACCAAGCGCAGUUCAUGA